CCCGGAAGUGACGUCAUGCUGUCAACAUGUAAGAUGGCGACCCAUCACAGGCAGAAUGCUGCUGGGCGGAGAAAAGUGCAGGUAUCGUAUGUGAUCCGAGAUGAAGUGGAGAAAUACAACCGUAAUGGAGUGAAUGCUCUACAGCUGGACCCGGCUCUUAACCGGCUCUUCACCGCUGGUCGAGACUCCAUUAUUCGGAUAUGGAGCGUCAACCAGCACAAGCAGGACCCAUACAUAGCCUCAAUGGAACAUCACACAGACUGGGUCAAUGACAUCGUCCUCUGCUGCAAUGGAAAAACUUUGAUAUCUGCUUCAUCAGACACCACUGUAAAAGUCUGGAAUGCACACAAAGGGUUUUGUAUGUCGACUCUGCGAACACACAAGGAUUAUGUUAAAGCUUUAGCAUAUGCUAAAGAUAAAGAGCUGGUGGCUUCGGCCGGACUGGACAGACAGAUUUUCUUAUGGGAUGUAAACACACUAACAGCACUGACCGCCUCCAAUAAUACUGUCACUACAUCGUCUCUCAGUGGGAACAAGGAUUCAAUCUACAGUCUGGCCAUGAAUCAGAUGGGCACAGUAAUAGUAUCUGGAUCAACUGAGAAGGUUUUAAGAGUGUGGGACCCACGCACCUGCGCCAAGCUCAUGAAGCUUAAAGGACACACAGACAAUGUGAAAUCACUGCUGCUCAACAGAGACGGCACUCAGUGCCUGUCAGGAAGUUCAGAUGGCACAAUCCGACUGUGGUCACUGGGACAGCAGAGGUGUAUAGCCACGUACCGUGUCCAUGAUGAGGGAGUAUGGGCGCUGCAGGUAAACGAAGCCUUUACCCAUGUCUACUCUGGAGGCCGGGAUCGAAAGAUUUACUGCACGGACCUGCGCAAUCCAGACAUACGUGUACUCAUUUGUGAAGAGAAAGCCCCUGUGCUUAAGAUGGAGCUGGACAGGUCAGCGGACCCACCGUCGGCCAUCUGGGUCUCCACCACAAAGUCCACUGUUAACAAAUGGUCUCUAAAGGGCAUCCACAAUUUCCGAGCAUCUGGCGAUUACGACAAUGACUGCAGCACUCCCUUGACACCGCUGUGCACACAGCCGGAUCAGGUUAUUAAAGGUGGAGCCAGUAUAAUCCAGUGCCACAUUUUGAACGACAAGAGACAUAUACUCACCAAAGACACCAACAACAACAUAGCAUACUGGGAUGUCUUAAAGGCAUGCAAAGUUGAAGAUUUGGGAAAGAUAGAGUUUGAUGAGGAGAUCAAGAAGCAGUUUAAGAUGGUUUAUGUGCCUAACUGGUUUUCUGUGGAUCUUAAAACGGGGAUGCUGACCAUUACACUCGAUGAGAGCGAUUGCUUUGCUGCUUGGGUCUCGGCCAAGGAUGCUGGAUUUACCAGUCCAGAUGGCUCAGACCCAAAACUGAAUCUGGGUGGACUACUGCUCCAAGCCCUGUUGGAAUAUUGGCCCAGGACGCACAGCAGUCCAAUGGAUGAGGAAACUGAGCUGAACCAUGUGAAUGGUGAGCAUGAGAACAGGAUACAGAAAGGAAACGGAUAUUUCCAAGUUCCACCACACACUCCAGUCAUUUUCGGUGAAGCAGGCGGAAGGACACUGUUCAGGUUGCUCUGUCGAGACUCUGGAGGCGAGACUGAAUCCAUGCUGCUCAAUGAAACUGUUCCACAGUGGGUGAUUGACAUUACAGUGGAUAAAAACAUGCCAAAAUUCAACAAAAUCCCCUUUUACCUCCAGCCCCAUUCUUCAUCAGGUGCCAAGACGUUGAAGAAAGAUCGUCUAUCCGCUAGCGACAUGCUCCAGGUGAGAAAAGUAAUGGAGCACGUUUAUGAGAAGAUCAUUAACCUGGACAGCGAGUCCCAGACGAGUGGGUCGGCUGGAGAGAAGCCAAGUGAGCAGAAAGAGGAGGAGGACAUGGCAGUGCUAGCUGAGGAGAAAAUCGAGUUGCUCUGUCAGGACCAGGUUCUGGAUCCCAACAUGGAUCUGCGAACAGUAAAGCAUUUCAUUUGGAAGAGUGGUGGAGACCUAACCCUUCACUACAAACAGAAAUCGACGUAAGAAAGCGACCUUAACGCUACACAUCUGUCCACAUUUCCUGUUCCAAACCCUGUCAUGGACUUUCAGACUCAUGCUCCCUGUGAUCUGACAUGUAGUACUCCAGUACUAGUCUGACACACACGAAAUACACUUUCACCUGUGAAUUCACACCAGAUCUCCACAGUGAGAGUAAAGUGGAUCUGGAGGUGUCAGGUUUGAGGUAAGAACAGGAAAACACUGGGAAACGAGAUCUACUGUGAACAGUCAGCUGACAAAUCGAAAGGGUAGUGUGACUGUCUAUUCUGAAACUUGAGAUUAUUAUUUAAUUGCCAUCUGUUUCAUGUGUGUCAUAAGUUUUAUUACAUGUUCUUUUUUUGGAGUUUGUUUACUUUGAUACUUGAUAAAACUGAACAUAUUGUACAACACGUGAUGCGAAACACCACAUAUUUUUGCUCUCCUUCCUUUAUACAUUCCAUGGAUGUUGAUUAGCUAGAACUAUUUCAAUCCUUAUGUUAGAGAGAAAUGCAAAAUCUAAAUAAACUAAUAAUAAUCUGGGCCUGAUUUUAAACCAUUAAACAUUUUGUUAAAAGUGAAAGAUUGCUACUAUCGAAAUUUAAUGUCCUUUAGUCCAGAUGUGUCUGGGGUUUUAUCAAUCUUGUUAAUCCCCUUCUUCAUUAAAAACAAACAAACAAAACAGUCAUGAAUCACUCAAUAAUGCUGUGCUGUAUUCGUUGACGCCAUCAUUCUGUACAUAGAUUGUAAUUAUUUUAUAGCCAGUUUUACCCUCUGAUUUGCUUUUAAUUACCUUUUUUCUUUUUUUUUUUAAAUGUAAUCAUGUUAUCUUCAAAAAGGUGCUUUUUGUGUGAUCUUUGAGAAAUAUGACACAAGAGUCGGAAAGAAAGGCUCGUAAGUUUCUCUUAUGAUCCAGUCGCUGCUAGCACUCUGUUAAACCACAAGAGGGCAGAGAACUACUGUAAAGACUUAAGAAAACAGUGAAAGUAUAAUGAAUCAUCAAUAAAGGAUAUCGGGGUGGCUGAUGUAUUUAUGCAAAAUAGAUUGGGCUUUGCAAACUGUCAAAGCUUAGGUUGCACAAUGUUAUAAAAAUGCAUUCUAUAUUUGGUUUUAGUCUGAAAGAAUAA